AUGGGAGUGCCGGUGUGUAGCCAGGCGUCUCUCUUUGAACGCCUUUGGAGGCGGUACAAUGGCUCCUGUAUGCUCGUCAAGGCCACUGCUUCCGCUCGGGAAGCCAUCGCUGCAGGUGGCUUCAAAUCCUGCACACAGCUGAUAGAAGAAGCUCUUGACAGUGAUACUAGCGUUGGAGAGGCAGCCAAGCACGAAUUCGACUGUGAAGAAACUCUCGAGGAGGGAGAUCUCGACACGCACUUGCUCAACGUAAUAGCGGACAAUACUCCAGAUUUCUGCGCUCAAGACAUAGAUUUCGAUGGGUAUCCGCCGUGGUUUAUCCAAUGGGCUCUCACGCUCGCAACAAUCGCGCGAUGUGCUCGCAAUAAAACGUUGGAUAUUGAUCCCGCCGGAAGAGGCAUAAUGGCUUUUUGCACAUCGACGGAGGAUGUGGAGAACGUGACAAACAUGCUGAAAGGUUCAGAAUCUACCACGUUCAGGUGUCUAGUAGUGAUAGGAGAGACGAACUCAGAUGAAUUUAUGGACCGUUUCAAGAGCAUGUACCAGGACCUAAACCACCACGUUAUAAAUAUUGAUGACAAGCCAUUACGGAGCUGUAUAACUGAUACAGCCUUUUUGGCCUUCAUCUCAAAGAUGGUUGAGCUCUAUUUGUCUGGAAUGCGCGCUGCGGAUAACCAAUUAAAAGAUACAACAACUGCCCCGAAUGUGCCCUCAAAAACGGCAAAAGGUAAACCAGCCAACACGGAUACGUGUGACGUGAGAUCUCUGUUGCUGCUGAUGAACAGUGAGUUGCAAUCGACUGAGGCAACGGGUUAUAUAGAAGAAGUAUGCCGUGGGACUGAACAAGAGAUUCAAGGUGUGGCCUUAGUGUAUAGCGCUGUGCUGCACAUGAAAGCUGUAAAAAAUGCAUCGACAUCGCAUGAUAAUAAGACGGAUGAUGCCGUGGAGAAUCCUAUAACCGCAGAUAAUGCCAUAGCAGAUUUGGAUAAGGCCAUCUCCAUUUUCCAGAAAUACGGGGCGAAAUGGGACGCGUUGCUGACGGCGAUUUUGAUGGCCACAAUAGGAGGUGAUUUGGAGGCAAGAAGACUCGGAUCCAUCAGUGCAACCAUGGACCUGAAGAGCAAUGCAGACUAUGCAAGAGCAGCGCUGUCACUCGAACUAUGCACCUUUUUCACGGAUAAGCUAAGGAAAAAAAUGUUCCAUCUUGUAAUGGCGGGUCAUCUUUACUUGCAAGCGGGGCUUCUAAACCUGACUAAGCGUUGCUACAUGUUGGCGGUACCCCUAUACAAAGAGAAAGGGUGGGGCUUGGCAUCGGACUUUCUAUAUGGCACCUUAAGCCGAUAUGAUCCAUUAUACUGUAUCGACGCCUUAAAUGGCCUUGCUGAUCGCUGUGAAAUGAUAAACUGCCACAAAUAUAUGAAAAAUUACGAAGAUGAUUUUUUAAAAUCACCUUGGUACAGCGGCGAACGUGAAAUGACGCACCUCAGAAGACUCAUGAAGCUUUCUGUGGCCGAGCACGGUGAAGAAGCCAUAAAGAACAAAAAUUCAGCAGCGGUUGUAUCUUGUGCAUACGGUCCUUAUCCAGCUCUGGUAUACGGCCGAAACGACGGAUGCCCUCUAGGUGAGAGUCUACCUUAUCUUGUGCGCGUUCCGGUGGUCUUAUUACGCAACAGCCAAGGGGUACCAGGACAAAAUUGUGGCCUCCUAAGGAUGUCUGCUCUUUACUGUGCUGGCGGAGAUAUACGUGAGACAUCUUACAACACAGCAGACGAUUUUGAGGAACAAGAAUCAGCGAUUAACAAAGAAGUAAAGAAGAAAGCGGAAGCUAACGAUGCUUGGAAACCAUAUUACGAGUUCAUAACUGAUUAUGGUAAUAUAUCGUACAGGGUUGACCCUGAUUCGGGAUACACUCUUCCAAAGAAGAGAACAAAACCGGCAACAAAUUACCAAUCAGGAGAAGAUAGCGUAAUUAAACUUGAACUCGUGAAUCCGCUUCACAUUGGCAUUCAUUGUGAUGAUUUUCAUGUCCUUAUUAAUGGUGCUAACAAAAACUGGUGGGAAAAGGCCACCGUAAUUAGCGUACAUGCUGGGAUGGCAGAGGUGACACAAUCGAAACCCAAGGACAACUUCGUUUAUCUGUCAGAAGGUGAAAGGCGACAUGUCUAUUUGAGAUUCAAGGUAACAAAUCCGGGUGUGUUUCAAGUCAAGGGCUUAGGUUGGAAACUCUUUGGCUGCGUUUCGUGUUGGGUGCCGCUAUACCUGUGCGGGCAACGAAAAACUAAAGGUGCGCCUUUGGAUCACAAAGAAGCUGAAACACUGGAAACGUAUCUGGAAGGUCGUUUGAAUCACGCUGGACUUUCGCUUUCAGUAAGGGACUAUCACCCCGAGGUCGGAGUCGCGUUGUCGAAAGUGACACGGCUUCCUUCAAACGCCAGGCCGUUAGACGAAGAUAACGAACAUUUCAACAAUGUCAAACAGUUCAUGUCUGCAUGUGGGGAAGGGGGCAACUAUGCGUUUGAGGAUGGAUACCUGACCAUGGAUGACGCCAUUGACGGUGAAUUUGUAAUCACCGAAUUGGUUAUCAAGAACCUAGGCGAUAUCGCAAUUAAUUCUGCCACCCUAAAUGUGAAGACUAGUGGACGAUGUCGUUUGACGAAUCGUCCCAUUGCCUACUCUGCUGAAAGCCGUGAUGUUCGUGUAGUUUGGGAAGACAUGGCUAGAUGUAACCUGGGAUCCAUCAGUGGACAUAAAUCAUAUCAAGUUACUCUACAAAAUGAUUCAGAUCUGUUGAUAUCGCCGAAGGGCACCCUCUCGAUUUUUAUGCUGGUGGUUCCUCGUGUAAUCGACGGGCCGGAGGUUAUCUGCAUACAGGGGCGUCUUAAAACGUCAUCCAUCCAACACAAAUCAGAAGGCCACGUUGCGUUUUGGAGAUUCUAUGGAGCAGAUCGUGGCAUCAAUGUAUGUUAUGACUUCGAUCAUAGUCUGCCUAAAAUAAUUAGGUGCCAUUUGGCCAAUAACUCGAAAAAGGAUGUUAAGUCAUUGAGCUUCUACGACGUAUCUGGUCAACCACUACAGACACGUGUUCGGUCUCCAACCUAUAUGCAAACUUUUGAUGCCAUUGGAUUGAGGAAGGGUUCUCAACUUUCAUCGGUUAUACCCUUCAACCCGGAAGAUGCUAAACUUACACUCAGGUGGGAGUGUGGACAUGCGUUUGGUGUGAUAACUUCGUGCAUCAAUAUAGACUCAAGUGCGCGUGUACUCGUGAAAGUACGUUCAGAAACGCGUAAUAUGAAGUACAAAAAGGCGCCGAUGCUUGCUCGUGUAGAGUUCAUCUUUGAAAAUCCCACUGACCAGACAAUUCCAUCAAUGCAGUUGGAGGCAAUGCCGAAUCGGCCUGCGGAAUGCCAUCACAAAUGGUUUUACGUAGGCAGCCUCACAGCAAAGGUCCCAGCCAUACCACCUAAAUGUAGCAAGAGCGUAAGUUUCGACGUGCUCCUUCCCCUUCCGGGGGUGUACUUGUUUGCGGGAGGAUGCGUCAACAUUGCAGCUGCAAGUGGCGUCUUCCUGAGGCCAUGUGAACAGUUUAUGGUUUCAGUGGAGGGUUGA